UGCGGUGAAUAAUUAACUUCUUCAGGCCGAGGAACUGCUUCAUCCAGGGUUUGGUGUUUUUUUUUAUCUUUUAGGGGACUGUUGUCUCCUGGGAAGCUGUUGGUAAACAUAAUUAAGGAGGGCCGGCACAGGGCUUUGAAGGCACCCCGUGUGCUCCCGUCCUGCUACGUGUUACCGUGCAGCGCUGUCGAGAUACUGCAAAUCCCAUCGUGAGGAGGCUUUGAAGCUGGUGUGGUUUCUGUGCUGCCUGCUCAGGGCUGUCAGGAGGGUGGGUUUAGUGGUUUGGUUUUGUUUUGGUUUUUUUUUUUUUUUUUUAAUUUUUCAGAGGCUUAAAUUAACUUCAGACAUGCAAAAGAGGGUGAGAAAGUGCUAGGGUUACAAAGAACAAAUUUGGCCGGUGAAGGAGUUUCAGCCGGCGGGAGGGGACGGGGACCCCUGUACCUGGACUGUCACUGUCCCAGGGCUGUACGUGUCUGUCCCAGUGUCAUCCGCAUUUUAGGGAUGCUUUAGGUUUUGUGUGUUACCUUUUGGGGUGGGGAGCUGGUCGCAUCCCACCUCGCUGGGGCUCUCCCCUCUUUGCCGGGGGGAGUUUCUGGGCUGGGGCUGCAUCUCUCCCACUCUGCCGGCAGCAGCCCGGUUCUCAGCUUUGGCUUUAAAAUAGCCCGGUGGUGACUUCUGCAAAAGAAGGGGCAUCUGGUGCGGUGUUGCCAGAGUCUAAAAGGAGAAACAGUCCAUCCUCUGUGCAAGAGCAUCCCAGCUUAGGUGGGCUCUGAUAUCCGUUAGCCGAUUGUAGGCAAAGUGUGUGGCUCUUGUGCAAUUUCAGGAGACAAAACCCCCACAAACUUUAUAAAAGCAAAGGUCAAAAGAUGCAACAAAGUUUUUUGUGGUUUUUUUUGUUUUUUUUUUUUUUUACUUUUAAGAUGAGCAGGGUAAAAGCAUGCAAGAAAUUUAGGAAUCUGGGCAAGUACAGAGCUCCUUUGUUUUUAAUUAGCUGCGUUGUUUUUAAUUGCUACUAUGCUUGAUACAUAACCCAGCCUAAACAAGAAUAGCUUAUUGAAUGGGGGACUGACUAUGAAAGGCACCGUGAGGAGAAGGGCUGUUCUUCACAGUUGAUAUAUUUGUAUUUCAGUGCUUCAUUUAAUAAGUCUGUUUCCCCAGGGGGCUGUAGCAAGUAAAUCAUGCCAACAGAUUGUUCUCCGCAAACUGGCUUAUUUUUGUAAUUAGCAAGACGUUAAAGCUGUAACUGCAUAGAAAGCGAUCUGGGUAAGGAGUUAACGUAAAAGAAUUAGUAAGCAAAAUGUAAUACUUAUUGUUUGAUAACAUUUGUGUUGAUUGAAUUGGUUUCUGGACAGUUUGUUGUCUCCGAUAGUCGUUUUUUUUUUUUUUCUGCAGCACCAUAACAUGGGAGAGAAAUUCAGCAGGUGUGCACAGUGAUGGGAGUAAGGUGUGGGGUUUUUGGGGGGAGCACUUUUUGGGAAUCACACCUGCGGGGCCAGGUGGACCUGUUGGAGAAAUCUUGCUGGGGUUUAAAGCCAUCCUGCUCUUCACCAAAAACUACCAGUAUUUCCCUCGCUUUAUUUUGCUUUUCUCCUUCGUUUUUCAGGUAUAUGAAAAAUUACGGCGUCACCAUGAGCGGAGUAUUGAAAAGGAAGUACGAAGAGCUGGGGGAUGACAGUACCUACUGCUCCUCCUCCUCCUGCUCCCCCCUCUCCUCCUCAGCCUCCUCGGGCUGGGAGUCGGACGAGGAGAGCUCCCAUGGAGAGCCCAAGCCCAGCUCUGCCUUAACGCCCAGCUUCACCCCCACGUCUAUCCUGAAGAAAUCCAAGCGACUAAAGAAGAACAAUGUGGAGUUUGACCGGGUCACUGUGUUUUACUUCCCACGCUGCCAGGGCUUCACGAGCGUGCCUAGUCGCGGGGGCUGUACCCUGGGGAUGGUGAGCAAACACAGCUCCUCCCGGCAGUUCACGCUAGCGGAGUUUUCAAAGGAACAGGAAAACGUUCGUCGGGAGAAACUUGGAGAGAAAUUAAAAGAGGAGAAGUUGGAAGCAUUGAAAUGGAAACUAACCAUGAAUGGCACGAAGGAGUCAGAGGAGGCCAACCAGCUCACCAUCGAGGACAUCUCCGACGACGACAUCGACGUCAGCAACGUGGACCUGGAGGACGGCUUCUUCCUCCAGCCCUACCCCGCCAAGAAGAGACGCGCGCUGCUGAAAGCCAUGGGGGUGAAGAAGAUCGACAAGGAGGAGAAGCGGGAGCUGCACAAUAUCCGCCUGUCCCGGGAGGACUGUGGCUGCGACUGCCAGGAGGUCUGCGACCCGGAGACCUGCAGCUGCAGCUUGGCAGGCAUUAAAUGUCAGAUGGAUCACACCUCCUUCCCCUGCGGCUGCACCAAGGACGGCUGCGGCAACACCGAGGGCAGGAUCGAGUUCAACCAGGCCCGCGUGCAGACCCACUUCAUCCACACCAUCAUGAAGCUGGAGCUGGAGAAGCAGCAGCAGAGCAGCGAGAAGGUGGCAGAGGCUGAGCCCCCUUUUCGGGAGCGGCUCCCGCCCCUGGGAUGCGCGGCAGGGAAGGGCUCCUUGGAGGAGCGUGCGGUGCCGCUGGCACCCGCCUUCCAGUUCAGCCCCGACCUGGAGGCCCUGGGGGAGAACAGCUGCAGCAGCGACAUGACGGACUCCUCCAUCUCCUCCCACCCCAGCGAGGACCUGGAGGAGCCCUACGAGAGCCUCCCCUCCGACAAAUCCCAGUCGGACGUGGACGACGACGGCUUGGCACGCAUCCUCCACUUCAACGACUCGGAUGCCGAGGAAGAGAGUGGCCGCGGCCAGGAUGACCUGAGCUGCUUCCACCCCACCGACUUCUUCAUCGAGGACCACGGCAGUGAGGCCAAGCCUGUCCCCGGCCACUUGUCCCACCUCUCCGAGUGCCUGGACGAGAAUGCCAACCAGGACGGCGGGGGUUUGCUGGAGGAUGCUGCCCACGCGCGGUGCGAUGGGCUGUCCUGCUGCGCCUCCUCCCCGGCCGAGCCCUGCUCCAAGAGCUACGCCGACCUCAGCCUUUCCUCUGACUCCUUGGAUUUCUUCCAGUCCUUCUCGGACUAUAACUUGGGACCCCUUUACAACUCCUUAAAGGAGUAUGAGAACCUCGAUAACUUCUCAGCGUUACAGUUUCAGUUGCCUAAUUUCCCUGGCUUCCCACAAGCCGGAGAUCAGGGCUCCUGUUUUUUGGAGUCCCUCAUCGGUUUGUCCGAAUCCGUCCCUGAAACCCCGGCCCCUUUCACAGACAAUCAACUCUUGGAGGACGCCAUCAAGUCAUCGCUGAUGGAGACGGUGAAAGUGUGAAAUGCCCGUGUGGCUCGGGCGGCAAGGACCGGCGCUGAAAGGAAAACCGAAGAACAGUUGUACGGGCAAACUUUCACCGAAAGGAUGAUGCGCUACUCAAAAAUAAGGAGGAAAAAAACACAAAAAACCCUGACUUUCUAAGCAAACAAACUAUUUUUGGUCUUUAUAGAACGUGGACGUUUUGACAUACUGCACCUACAAUCAGUUCUGUCGCUGUUUGUGCAAAAAUUUCUAAACUUUCAUGAUGGGGUGGGGUGGGGAGGGAGGGGAAAAAGACUUCCAUGUAUGAAUUUCCUUGUGUUUUGUAUGAAAAGACCUGUCGAGAAAUACUCCUUGCUAACGUUGCCAGUCGUACACGCAGCCCCUUCUAGAAAUGUCUCAGUGUUGCAGGAACUUUUUAAAACAACUUUUUGAAGCUGUAUUUAUUGUGAAAAUCCGUGGUUUGCGUAAGGGUUAGCCCAACACCCUCUUACGUUUCAAUCGGACAAGGUUUACAGAAGAGGUCCAUACACUAUAUACAUAAUCAUUCUUCAUCUAUUUAUUGCAAAUCCCAGAAUUUAACUAGCCACCGAAGCUUGAACUAGCAUGAAACCUUAUUUAAAUUGGUAAUACCUCAGAUGUAUUAUGUGUACAAUCAUAUUAUUAUUUUUUUUUUUGCAUAAUAUAUCUGUAUUUAUUUAUUUUCUACCUGUAGUACGUGAAUAGCACUGUGGUUUAUCAACGACCUGGAAGGGCAAUAAGGUCUUGAGCAGCGCCCAUCCUAAGGGUGACCCUGGUUUCUCCGAGUCUGAAAGGUGUUGGCUGUUUGGUCUUCACUUUGCGUUUCUGGCAGAGCGGAGUGCAGGCGGGUGGGAGGGGAGGGACGGGGGAAACGUUGGUGCGACACCCUUUGGUCGCUGUCAGCCCCUCGAGUAGACGUGGUGAUGGUGUCCGACCUCCGUAAUACUGCUAGGGAGAGGAAAACGAGCAAAGCCCUCCACUAUUCAAGAAAUAACAUGAACUAGCUCUAUUUAAACAACAGGAAAAAAAAAAAAAACCACCACCCCAACCCUUUUAAUAAAUUAUUUUAUAAUUUAUUUAAUUUCCGAAGGAUUUGGCCAUGAGAUCUUUCACGAUCGGUUACGGGGAGGGAGGAACUGUUGGCAGCGGUGGGCAGGGGCGUAGCGAGAAGGACCUUCGCAGCCCUUGGGGGGGCUUUGGGAAGGCCAAGGCUAUGCUUGCGCUCCCCAGCAAGUGCUCCUUAGGGCUCCCCGGCCUUGAGAGUGUCGCAGCUCCAAAAUCUAGUGGGUCAGCCUGUUUAUACUCUUCAUGUUUUUGAAAAACAUAGGUAAAUCAGGUAAAUCAAGUCAAACAGAUGGAUAUGAAAGUUAUCGGGUUAUUUGUCCUUUGAGAACGGUUUUAGGGGGAAGAAAAAAUAACACUUGAAAACAAAGCUGAAAAGCUCAAAGGCUUUUGUUUUCUAAAAUGAGGGAAAUCACCGUGUUUAGGAAGGAUAUUGGGGGCCCUCUUGGCAUUUUGCUGUUUAAAUCAGUCUGAGAACACGACACUAUUUGGCCACACGAUGUAACUGGACAUAAAAUCUGUACGUCAGCGAUACACUAAGUGCCUACGCCAGUGGUAUGGAAAAAAGGAGGAAAAAAAAAAAAAAAAAAAAGGACUUAAAAACCUACCGGCUUUAAAUUCCCCCUUGGAAAAUGUGAGAUGUGGUGAUGGGAGUGAUUAAUGACAGCGGGGGGAGGCGUCCCGGCCCCGCGACCCCAGGAGUGGGGUGUUGGUGGAAGAUCCUGGGGGCAGGAGACACCCAGAUGGGGGGGAAAAUACCCAAAAAUAUGGAUUUGAGGGUUUUUCCAUUGGCUGAACCCGAUGGUGCUCUUUGGUACCUGCUAUCCCACCGGCUCCUUGUGCAAACCGCCUGGCGAUUUAGGAAACUUCUGGCGUACGAAGACGGCAAAGGCUGGGUUUUUGGGGUGUUGUUUUUGUUUUGGUUUGUUUUUUUUAAUGGUUAUUAUUACUAUUUAAUUGUACAUCUUCUCUGGUAUUGAGCCGGUCAACUGGGAAGCGGAGCUGACCCUCCGCGGCCGUGAGCGGGUGCUCGCCCGCCGCAUCCUCCCGCAGAGCAUCAUCGCCUGGGAGGGCGACUGGGGGAAUACUACUGGCAGAUGGAGGAUUUCCUGGAUAUAUAUAUAUAUAUAAUUAUUGUUAUUAUUAUUAUUUUUCUGUUGUCGUCGUCGUUUCUUUAGACUGAAAAGUCCCCUUCAGUUAUCUCCUAGGUGGUAGUUUUUAUCCUUCAGACUGCAUCAAAAAUACUGACAGUUGAAAGUCUGGUACCGUUCUGUAUUUAUUGGCACUAAUAUAUUUUAUAACAUUCCUAGUUUUCUCUGCAUAUAUAUAUUUAUAUAUAUAAAAUAUAUGCAUAUAUUUUAUAUAUAUAUAUACACACACUUUUUUUUAAUGAAAGACAGGGAUAGACUCCUGCCUUUGUGGAUUUUUUUUUCUAUAAUUUAUUCUUUUUAUUUGUGUUGGUGCCAAAAAAAAAAAAGAUUUUUUCUCUUUCCCCCCCCCCCCACCCCAGGGCACUGAAUUGUAAAUAUAUAAUUUUUUUUUUUUUUCUUCUCGGUAUCUGUGUAAAAAGUUGCCUGUUAAACAGUUUAAAAACUGGGUAUUUAUUGACACAAUCUGUAAUUAUCUAAUGUAUUGAUUGAAACGCUUUGGUUUCAACAUAGCUUUAUUUUAGCUUUCUUUGUGUAUAUAUUGUGAUUAUGUUGCUUAAAGGUACAAGUUAAAAAAAAAUGCUUUAUUUUUACCUUAUCCAUUUGCAUUCGUUUAUAAAAAAAAAAAGCAUAUUUGUCUACAGCUGCUGUCUCUCAUUUCAUCAAAGCAAUAUGAAGAAAUUUCCAUUACACUUUCAAUAAAAGAAUUUUGUUUGAA